AUGUUUAGGCCACUCAAAAUUGAAAGUGACUUAGUUCGCAUCAGCAAGACCACAAAUUGUUUGGCGACGCUUGGUGUGCUUGGUGAGCUUGGGGCGCUUGCCAAACAUCCCAAAAUCGUACGACCCUCCCAAGCUACGCCGAUUUGUGUCACUGACUACGAUGGGCCAACGAUUGGCCAAGUUUUUAGAUCGAAAGCCAAGCACAAUUACAAUGAUUUAUUAGAUAGUGACAUAUUACUGUCUCCCCAUCAGCCCCGUCGAAAAUGCUUCGUCCUGGAUCUCGACGAGACCCUCGUGCAUAGCAGUUUCAAGGCAAUACAACAAGCAGAUUAUGUCGUACCCGUCGAAACCGAGUACCAACGUUUGCGUUAUCAAACGCCCAGGUGUUCACCCUCUCCCGCCUACCCCUGCCUCGUCGUGAAAGUCUUCCACCGAAAUCCGCCUCUCCCCCGAGCCGACGUAUCGUCAUCGUUCACUUUGAAAUUCAUUCAAUUCGGUCACGCAACUGCAUCUUACUUUGCUGCGUUGCUCAUGGCAGCUUGUUCUUACCAAGUAGUUGCCGGGCAAUAUUACCGCUUGAAGUGCGUCAUACAGAAUCAACCACGUCAGUGUUCUGCCAACACUCCAAAUUCAAUGGCAGGCAGAGCGAAUCCGACCAUCAUGUAUAACGUUGCUCGCAUUCAAACUGCUACCCACCUCACGACGACUGCCAAAGCGAUGGAGGAGAUCACUGCUUCGGCUAGAGACCUACGUCGUGUUCUGAUAAGCGACGCGGAUAUCUCAGCUGCUGUCAGCACAGCCGGGGAUGGGUUGAAGACUGCCACUGAAGGCCUGACUGCCAUAGCCGAUGCUCUCGGUGCUGGCGAAGCAGCAAAUGACGCUGACGAAUCAACCUCACAAAUGGAACCCCACCAUCUUGCUCUACUACAUCACGUCCCAACCCCGACAACGGGGGAGAACCUGAUCAAGGACGAGAAGGGUUUCGCGCGAUCUUUGAACCUUGAUAUUCAUCUCAUUCUAUUUGGAUCUAGAACCAAGAGAGGCACUUCUGGUGCAGGAAGGGUUGCACCGUUGUAG